CUUGAAUUCAAACUUCAAUUGCAGACCAUCAUGUUUGGGGCCCCAAGUCUUCUUAGGUUUCGACACCGCCGUUUCUAUAUACUCGAUGGUACUCAUAUUUUCUUGGUUGAAAAUGCAUUGUUCAAGGUCCAUGCAACUCAAUUAUCACGCACAUCCAUUGUGUUUGAGGAGAUGUUUUCUGUUGGUAAGUCAAUUGCCGCUGACAGUAGGCAUGGAAGGCUCAAGCGAUGAUCAUCCAAUUAUCAUUCCCGAACUCAGCAUGAAUAUGUUCGAACUGUUCCUCUCAGUUGCAUACAACAGUUGGAAACCCGAAGGUCCCACUCAUGAUGAUGUCCUCGACCUUCUUCGUUUCAGCAACAAGUUCAUGAGUCAAAAGGCUCGUGAUGUCGCCAUCAAUCACCUCCAUGAACGUCGAUUUCAACACAAACCAUACGAACUUCUCGCACUCUGCCUCGAAUUUUCAAUUUCAAAGUUCUUUGUUCCCGCUUUUCGCCGUCUCGUCGAAUUUCGCAUCCGUGAUAUUCCAGGACCAGUGCGAAGGAGACUUGGGUUUGAAGUCUGGAAUGCCUUCGUAGAUCUAAAAGAACUUCUCGAUGAGCAUAACCGUAUUGUUGCCUGCGAGGAGCCACCCAUUGUCACGCAUUCACCAUACUGCACUGACAACACCGCAUGUUUCAUUGAUUGGCGGCAACUAUGGUGGAACUCAAUGGCUCGUUUCCUCCUUGAUGGCCGCAAUCCUCAAAAAUUCCAUGAAGCUAUCGAGCGCUUCCAGGAACUUGGGCCAGAAAUUGGAAGGGUCAAUCCGGAGUGCUGGAAAAUGCUGCUUCAGACGGUGAAGAAUGCAACAGCAUUCUGUCUCGCUUUUGAUCUCGUCGAGGAGACAGCUCAGCAGUUGUCGGCGGCCCUGAUCACGGAGCCUGCCCCAAUGUUGACGAAAGCCGAAUUGGAUACCUUGGGCUUGCCAAGCCAUGAAGAAAUUUUAUAAAUGGGACGGAUAUCCUCCGAGUCAAUUCCUCAAUCGUCAUCUGAUGACUUGGUUGGCGAGUCUGGUGAGACUCGGAUAUUUGCCAGGGCUGCAGCGGCCCAAUGAUUCAAGCCAGUUUAGUUAGAACAAUUGACUUAAAAAUGCACCUGUAGUACUGAAUGUGUUGCAAUACUACAGUACAUGUGUGUUGAACUA